AUGAGAUUCUUACUCCUGUCUCAUCCUUCCUUGCUCAUCUUUCCGUUGCUACUAGAGGCCAUCUUGGGGAAACCCUUUGUCCACCUGGUCUUCUCCCACAAUUCCACCUGCCUUGAUUCUCAAGCCGUGCCUGCGUGCUUUGGCCCACCGCUCUCACACGUGGGUCUGAAGGGCUAUCUCUUUGAAGCUGUGCCUGCCAAUGCCUGCCACCCUAUAGUAGCCCCACCGGACUCCAAAGGGUCUCCCUCAAGCUCCAUCGUGCUCAUCCGCAGGUAUGACUGCCCCUUCAGCAUCAAGGUGCUCCAUGCCCAGCAAGCUGGCUACCAAGCAGCCGUCAUUCAUAACCUCCGCUCCGAUUUGCUGGUGAGCAUGACCGCCGAAGUGGAAAAGACACGCCAGCAGAUCUCGAUCCCUUCCCUCUUCAUUGGGGAGUCAGCCGCCAAGCUCCUGAAACAGGUAGUCCAUUCCGAAAACAAAAACCAAGUCAGCGUGGUGGUCCCUCGGGGCUACUACAAUCCCUGUUGGGACGACGUCGGGAUCUCCGUUUGGGAUCCAGCUCGCCAUCACUUGCAAUAUUGGCCCGGCUACUGUACCCAGCAAAUGAUCAUCGGGUUCAUCCAGGAGUUUGGGGUGGUGAUCCUCCUCAGCAUGGGCAUCAGUUUCAUCAUGGUGGCCGGGUGCAUGAAAUGGUGCUGGAGGAACCAGGGGAUCAAGGUGAAGACCUUCAAGGCGGGGGACAAGUAUGACCUGUGUGUCAUCUGCAUGGCUGAGUAUGAGGCGGGCGACCAGCUGAAGAUUCUCCCUUGUACCCACGCCUAUCACAGCACCUGCAUCAACACGUGGCUCCUCAUCCAGCCCAGGACUGGGAAGAUCUGCCCGAUCUGCAAACAGCAUGUUGAUAGGGCCGCCUAG